UGCAGAUCGGAGAUGAAAGCAGUGUUUCGGCACGGAGCUGUUUUCUUGGGUAAACUUCUCAAGACACAUAAGACGUCCAGCGAACUGCGCCAGCCUGUACGGUCCCGCUCCUUUGAUGCAGAUUCCCCUGAGCCUGUUCUCCCGGCCUGGGCCAUCGCGCAAGAGCCAGCUCCAAAUGACCCCUCGGCCUCAGGGAUGGAGCCGACCGACACGGAUGACGACAUCGACAUCCGCGGCGACCCGGCGUCGCUGCCGCCCACGCUGUACGUGCUGGAGUUCGCGGCGGGCGUACCGGCCGCCACGGUCGACUGGUACAUCAGCCGCGUGCAGGGCCGCCGGCGCACUGGUGGCGCGGAGCUACUCGUCAGCGCCCAGCCCCAGCUCCAGGGCAAGGGUCUGGUGCUGCAUCUUACGGCGUCGCGCAUCAAGCUGCUGGAGACGGCCGAGCGCAUGGAGAUGCGCAAGAAGGACCGCGACGGCUACCUGCGCGACUUCACGUGCGCCGAGCUGGACGAGUUCCUGGGCCCGGCCGGCGUCGAUGGCCUGCUCACGAUGUGUGAGAAGCAGCGCAUCGUGCUGCACGAGCUGGAGCACAUUCGCGCGCGCACGGCUGAGGACCGGCUGCCCGGCUAUCCGGCCGUCCGGCUCUACCCCGGCCAGAGUGUCACCCGCCUGCUGCUGCAGGAGAAGGUGAUCGUCCAGCUGUUCCCCACCCACGACCAGGAGGAGCUCGACCGGCUGGGCAAGUCCUGGUACGCCGCCCUCUUCCAGCGUCAGCCGUUCGAGGACAUUCGUGCUUACUUCGGCGAGUCUGUGGCGCUGUACUUCUCGUUCCUGGGCUUCUACACGGCGGCGCUGUGUGGUCCGGCGGCGCUGGGCCUGCUCCAGCUGUUCUUCUCGGUCGACACGCUGCACGAGUACGCUCUCUACUCGCUCUUCAACAUGCUCUGGGUCACCGUCUUCCUGGAGGCGUGGAAGCGCAAGUGUAACGAGCUGGCCUACGUGUGGGGCGUCAUGGACAAGACGCAGAUGUCGUUCCUGGAGCCGCGCGCCAAUCACCGCGGCGAGAUGAUCCGCGACGAGAUCACUGGCCGCUACAUGCCCUACUACCCGCGCUGGAAGACGCUGCUCAAGCUGUACGCCGUGUCCAUCCCGACGGUCGGGGUGUGCCUGUUCGGCUCCUUCUACCUCAUGCUAGUCUCCUUCUGGGUGGAGGAGUACCUGACGCUGCACCGCGACCAGUACGGCGGCAACCUGGCGGCGCUGUUGAUCAUGCUGCCGUCGGUCGUGUACUCGGUGGCCGUGCUCGUCAUGAAUAAGUACUACAACAAGAUGACCACCUUCCUCACGGAGUGGGAGAACCAUCGCACGCAGAAGCAGUUUGACUACUAUCGGGUGAUCAAGCUGGCUCUCUUUGAGUUCGUCAACAGCUUCAUGUCGCUGUUCUACAUCGCUUUCUACAUGCAGGACCUGGAGAUGCUGAGAGGCCAACUGGCCGUGAUGCUGAUAAUUCAGCAGGUGGUCACAACUUCCAGGAGGCUCUGCUUCCGAUCGUCAUUCGCACCACGUAUUCCAAGAGUCGCGCCAUCGAUGCGGUGGACGCCGACGACGCGCGCGUUGCGGGUCAAGACGCUGGAUGCGGAAGACCCGCGCGUGCUCAUGGUCAACGAGCAGCUGCAGCUGGAGCGGUACCCGGACACGUCGGACGACUACCUGGAGAUGUUUGUGCAGUUCGGCUACGCCUUCCUCUUCUCGUCGGUCUUCCCGAUGGCUGCCUUCUGGGCCGUCUUCAACAACCUGCUAGAGAUUCGCGCCGACGCCUUCAAGCUGUGCAAGGUGUACCAGCGGCCGCCGGCCAAGAGCGUGCGCAACAUCGGUGCCUGGAUGCGUCACCGGAAGGUUCAGAGCUCACCGCCGAACAUCGGGCAGGACGACAUUCGUGCAGAAGUAUCCACGACAUACACGUGA